AUGCAGCUUCUAUCCAUGUAUCUGAGCUACCUGGUCUCUUCCGUCCUACUGCCCGGGGUCGGUGCCGGGGCUGCUGCCAGUGACGAAUCCGCCAGACCAUGGGAGCAAUAUGUGCUCAGUCCGUCGACCCGAAAUCCGGCUCCUGUUGCGGUCCAUUCCAUCGUCGGAGAUGCCUCCGUUAAGGAGUGUAAACUAACCCAUGUACUUCGCAUGCGGGCAGGCUCGCGAGUAUCUAUGGACUUCGGGGUCGAGGUUGGCGGCCACGUAUCUUUCAACCUACAGACAGACUCGGAAGCCCCUCUCUCACUCGCCUUUUCCGAAUCGCCAUCUUUCGUACGCAACAUCAGCGAUGACACGGGUUCAGUUUACACAAUGGAUUGGGAUCAGGCCCUCGAGGUGACGGUCGACCUCGACGACACCGGAUCGGCGUUCUACCAGACUCCGCCCGAGAGGUUUCGGGGCGGAUUUCGGUUCCUCACGUUCAAUGCCCUCGCAGACAUCACCGUCUUCAAUAUCACCUGCCAGAUCGGAUUUGCGCCCAACAUGCCCGAUCUCCGCGCCGGCAACGGUUACUUCUACACGGCAGAUGCGGACCAGGAGGCUCUCAACCGGAUCUGGCAUGCGGCGGCGUACACCAUCCAGACGAACAUGGCCGCAACCAACACCGGACGCUACCUGCCGCAGGUCCGACCAGGCUGGGCGUACAACGCCACACUCGGCGUUGUUUCCCCCGUCCUCGUCGACGGUGCCAAGCGUGACAGGGCCAUCUGGCCCGGAGAUCUGGGCAUCAUCGGCCCGGUCGCCAUGCUUGCGUACGGGGCUUAUGGUCGGGAGGCGUUGGAGAACAGCCUCGAGACGCUGUUCUACUAUCAAAACGCGAGCACCGGCAUGUUGCCGUUUGCAGGACCUGCCACGGGGAGCUUCCGAAGUGGCGCUCAGAGCGACACGUAUCAUGCCUGGGGUCUGAUCAGCGUGUACGACUACACCAUGUAUUCUGGGAAUACCGAGUGGCUGGCCAAGCACUGGCCGAACGUCACCCGUGCUGUCGAGUUUAUCAUCGACCACCUCGACCCUCGAGUUGGCCUGCAUAACCAAACCCACCAGAACGAUUGGGCGCGCCAGGGGACGGGGGGAUACAACUCGGCCCUCAACGCGCUUGACUACCACGUGUUGGUAUCCAUGGCAUCGCUAUCCAGGAACGACUCCCAGGCAUCGUUGUGGAGAUCGGCAGCAGCACGGCUGAAGGCACAAUACAACACACUACUCUGGGACGACGAAGCCGGCCUAUAUCGGGACAACACCGAAACCACCCUCCAUGCACAGGACGGCAACUCGCUAGCCCUGCUAUACAACCUCACCCAAACACCAUCGCAAGCAACAGCGAUCAGCGCCGGCCUAGAACGCAACUGGAACGACAUCGGGCCCGUCACGCCCGAGCUACCCGACACCAUAUCCCCCUUCAUCUCCGGCCUGGAGCUGCUAGCACAUCUCCACGGCGCACGGGAGCCGGAACGCGCCCUGUCGCUGCUACACCGGCUCUGGGGGUUUCUGCUGGACGGCAGCCCGGACACGAUGACGGGCUCGACGUUCGUGGAGGGCAUCACGGCCAACGGUAGCCUAUACUACCGCUCCGAGGCCGGGUACAAAUAUGACGCGGCGUACACGAGCCUCAGCCAUGGCUGGAGCGCGGGGCCGGCGAUGGCGCUGGUGACUGGCGUUUUGGGUUUCAGGAUCACGGGGUUGGGAGGGGUGGCCUGGGAGCUGUCGCCGCAGUUGGGAGGGCUGCGGUCUGCCAGGGCGGGGUUUGAGACUGGCCUUGGGUGGUUUGAGGCGGAGGUUGAGGUUGUCGAGGAUGGAGAGAUGAGGAUUAGUCUUGAAAGUCCGCAGGGUACCCGGGGGACGGUGCUGGUUCCACGGGGGUAUGGAAAGGUGCUUUUGAACGGCACGGUCCAUGAAGGUGUGAGGAUAAUCCAGGUGGGUCACGAUUAA